CGUCGUUAGUACUCUGCACGGUGAGGAAGUCCCGACGUACCACCUGUUAUCCUGGACGGCACAGUUACCACCGAACCGAAACGAAUCGAAUAGAAGAAACAUCCUAAUUGAAAUCGACACUUGUACGAAUAACCAUCGGCAACCUCUUGAAAAAUACCGGAAGUUGAUUUGUCAGGAUCCCGAUAGUCCGGGAGGUUCUCCUGAUAGCUAACUUCGAGUCUUCCUUUUCCCGGCGGCCUGUUCAAAGGGAAGAUUCUUAUCUACGAGGAGUAUCCCACGAUUCGUAAUCUGGUACUCAAGCACUUUCAACAGAAUGACACUUGUGAGCGUUCUUGUAUCGCUGUUGUUACUUGCUGCGGUCAAAUCUCAUCCCCUGUCUUUAACGCCGUACAAUGAAAGAGAAUUAUCUCGUGAUCAACUUCCGUUUCUGUUCCUCGUCGACCAUCGAAUUCCAGAUUUAGAGAACGAGAUGUUCGACUCGGGUAACGAUCCCGGAUCAACGGUUGUCCGGACAAAACGAAUCGGAUCGCUGUCGAUCGUUAACUCUUUGGACGUGCUGCGACAAAGAGUUCUAUUGGAGUUGGCCCGGCGUAAGGCGCUACAGGAUCAACAGCAAAUUGACGCGAAUCGCCGCUUCCUUGAGACCAUCGGGAAGAGAUCAUUACCGCUUUACAACAGAGACACGGGCAAAGUUGAUACGAGAGCGCGGAAUGGGUUCGAUUAUGCGAUCGAGCAGGAGAAGAGUCACGAGCGAAAUUUGACACCGGACAGGAUUCCGAACAGAGGAGACGACUGGCUCCAAAUGGACGAUUCCGCUUUUCGAGAAAAACAGAACGACCAGCCGCGAAGGGUGCAAACGAAUGAUCUGCGUUUGCUGUAAUCAAGAA